AUGUUCUACGAAGUUAUUCUUGGGGAUGAGGGACCUGCUGUUGUGCCACAUGAUUUUGGAGUUAUGGAAGCAUGGCAUGUGAAAAUCGCGAAGAGCAAGACGAAUUACAUUACAUGCAAGUGCAGCUUGUCUUCAUUGGCUCCGCGGAUCCGAGCUCUGGCUUUUCUUCCCAAUGAUGACGAGAUUCUAACAGGUUCUGAUGACAAGACGAUAAAGCUGCAUUCCAUAGCAGGAGAGCGACCCAGAGUUGAGCGGAUUUACUGCGGACAUCGAAGUUCAGUGCUAUCGCUUGCCGUAGAUGAUCGAGCUGAUGGAAGUCGAUUC